CAUUAAAGCUAGUUCCUCGCCUCUAGUCUCCAGGUUUCUUUUUUCCUGGUCAUCAGUCUCGCUCUCUCCCGGCACCCUCAGGCCGCGGGCCCCUCCCUUCGCGCGGGCUCGCACCUCUCCCCAGCCUGGUGCACCUGGGCUGACGCCGGCUCGGGACUCGUGCGGAGCGCCGCGAGCGCGGCGGAGGCAGAGGCGCGCUGACUGCCACCUCCAGCCCGUGCCGGAGGGACAGCACGCGCUGCGCAACGGAGACCGUUCUCCUUGGCCGCCGCUCACGGCUCGCGGCGACCACCGCCGUUGAAGCUGCAGGCGGGCAGCCGUGCGUCUCCCGGGACAGCCAGCCCCGGCGGCUGCUCCUCCCGGAUGCCAGGGCCAGGGCGCCGGGCGGCCGCCAGCAGGAAAAUGAAGAGCUCGGUGGGAGGAAGGAGAGAAAAGCUCCUGGGGGCGCCGAAAGCUCAGCCCAGCCGCGAUUUCACAUGUGUACACGAUGGCGAGAGUGAGGCUGAAUUAAUACCUGAUGACUUUGAAGAAAAACCAGAAAGAGAAAAGAAACAUAGCAACUUUACUUUGUGCAAUGUAUGUAACAUUCAGCUGAAUUCAGCCGCUCAAGCACAAAUCCACUACAAUGGCAAAUCACAUCAAAAGAGAUUAAAACAACUCAGCAAUGGGACGCUGAAAAAUGACAAUGGUGGUACAUGCCAGAGUCCUGCUCUCCCGGCCCUUGUCCGUCCACCAGCCCCUCCUUUGCAACCAUCGCUGGAUAUUAAACCAUUUCUUCCCUUUCCUCUUGACACUGCAGCUGCAGUCAACCUCUUCCCCAAUUUCAAUGCGAUGGACCCGAUUCAGAAAGCUGUAAUAAACCAUACAUUCGGGGUUCCUCUUCCCCACCGAAGAAAGCAAAUCAUAUCAUGCAACAUUUGCCAGUUGAGAUUUAAUUCUGAUAGCCAGGCUGCGGCCCACUACAAAGGCACGAAACAUGCCAAGAAGCUCAAAGCACUGGAAGCCAUGAAAAAUAAGCAGAAAUCUGUAACUGCCAAGGACAGCGCAAAGACUACCUUCACCUCCAUCACUACCAAUACCAUCAAUACCAGCUCUGACAAAACAGGGGGAAAAAAAGGUGCAAUGAAGCCCUGUGGUUUAUUCUUACCAUUCUGCACAAGAGACGGUACUGCAGGGACACCAGCAAUAUCAACGACGACAACUGUGGAAAUCCGCAAAAGCAGUGUUAUGACAACUGAGAUCACCUCUAAAGUGGAAAAAAGCCCAACGACAGCCACUGGCAAUAGCUCAUGUCCUUCUACUGAGACCGAGGAAGAAAAGGCAAAACGGCUUCUUUACUGUUCGCUAUGCAAGGUUGCUGUCAACUCUGCCUCGCAGCUGGAGGCGCACAACAGUGGUACUAAGCACAAAACCAUGUUAGAAGCCCGGAAUGGAAGUGGCACUAUCAAAGCCUUUCCUAGGGCAGGAGUGAAAGGCAAAGGACCUGUUAAUAAAGGAAACACAGGCCUCCAAAAUAAAACAUUUCACUGUGAAAUCUGUGAUGUGCACGUCAACUCGGAAACGCAACUUAAACAGCACAUUAGCAGUAGAAGGCACAAAGACAGAGCUGCUGGGAAGCCCCCGAAACCUAAAUACAGUCCUUACAACAAACUACAGAAGACAGCACAUCCACUGGGGGUAAAAUUAGUAUUUUCAAAAGAACCUUCAAAGCCAUUGGCUCCACGAAUUCUACCAAAUCCUCUAGCAGCUGCAGCAGCCGCAGCAGCAGUGGCAGUGAGUUCCCCCUUCAGUCUUCGAACUGCUCCAGCAGCAACACUGUUCCAGACUUCUGCGCUUCCUCCGGCACUCCUGCGGCCAGCUCCUGGACCCAUUCGGACCGCCCACACUCCUGUGCUGUUUGCUCCUUACUAAAUUCCAAAUAGGAGUAAUUGUACUGCAAUAAUUUUUCAAAAAACAAAAAACAAAACAAACAAAAGAGAACUAUGCAGUGUUUAUUUAUAGUUUAAAGUAUAUCUGAAGAGCCAGGACUUUUGAUAGUGAAUUGAAAAGGUUAUAAAAAAGUGGGGGAGGUUUGGGGGUGGGAGGGAGGGAGUGGUAUUUUCUCCAAAUUAAAGCAUUCCUCUUGAACGUUGAUUGUUUUAGAAGUGAUCUCCGGCAUUGAUUUGUAGUGGUAUCUAGACCUUCUGAAGCCUCUGUGACUGUGCUUUUGGGCACCUAUUUCCCUCUGCAUUGUCUUUCCUGCUUUAUGAAACAACUAUACAUUGUCUAAGGGCAUUAACUGGUUCCAAUGUAUAUAAAAUAAUUUACUCUGUAGAUUAAAAUCAUACAAAAAAAGGAAAAAAAAAACAAAAACAAAAGCAACACUGUGAAUAGUACUACCCGUGCUGGUCCUCUUGCUAUGACGGCAAUUACUGGGUAUUUAUCCCAACAAAAGUAGAUACAGUAGAUGUCUUGUAAAACAAUAGUGCUGUGUCUCAAUCUAUGCCACUAGGUUUUAAAGAAUUGCAAAGGUAGAAUGAACAACUAUUUCAUACCAAUAAGCAGUCAAAAAAUAAACAUACACCAGAUGGUGUCAUGGAGGUCUCCCUGGUCAGCAUUCUCCCCUCCUAUCUAGCUUGAAGAUAUAACAGGGCUAAGCUUAGAGAUGGGGGAGGCAUUAAUAAAGGUGAUUUCUUAUAAAGUAGUAACUUCCCACCCUGAAGAUAUAUUGCUGGAAACAGGGAAGUGUUUAUAAUGAACCUAUAUCUGAAAACAGAGAAACCCAUGCAUCAUGAGUGUUAAGAAAGAAAUCAGUACAACUCUUCUGUUUCAAGGAUGAAGGAUCAUAACCUAGCAUGAUAAUGCAAAGUAAAGAUCUUUCAUUUAGUACAUAUCCAGUAAAAACGGAGAAUGUUGCAUCUCUGCAGUAUCCCCUUUAUAUCAUACCAGUAGGGUUGUUUCUUAGGCAAAGGUUUCUGCUUUAAGUAUGAUGGUAGAAUUAAGCAUUAGCUAUUUUUAUGGGUUUUUCUUGUUUUUUAGAUUUCCUGCUGACAUGAUAUAAACAAUUAAUAUAUAUUUAAAUGUUAAUAACAACAGGAAAUAUGAAUCUGAGUUAAUUGCACACCAAUGACAUAGUGUUAAAAAAUACUGGUAAGUUCCACUCGACAAUUAUUUCUCCAGUGGAGUUGUGAAAUACUGACAGCCUUUGAUAUUCACCAUCAGGCUGAAAGAAGUUGAUGUUUUACCUUUAAAACAAGAUUUAUCAGGGGUAUAUAUAAAUAUAUGUAUAUUGUAUAUAUGUUAGAAAGAUUAAGAGAAUAAGUUAUAAAAAGAAAAAAUCUAUAUAAAAUAAUUAUAUAACCAUCCAGUGUUACAUGUUAUCAUUAAAUUGGUAACAAAUGGCAUAAAAAUAGCUGUGCCUUUAAUUUGUGAUAAAGGCUAUUUGCUUUUUCCCAUAGAAAGCUGACAUAUACCUAUCAAAAUGGUGGGGUUUGAUGCAGCCAGUCUGUUGCAUUAAUAGGAGCAAUGACACUGAAACUUAGAAUAAUGACAAAACAUACAUGAUUUAGGUUUAGAGAAAAAACUAUUUUUGAAAAGGUUUUGUAAAGACUAUUUAAAAAUAUAGGGAAGGAUUGGGUGUGGCCUUCCUGAAACUGCUCUCAAAGUGUUGUAACCCUUGGAGAGGUAUAAAGAAUCCAGAGGAAACCAUUUGAGACAUAGGUAUUUAGCAUUUAUCAUUUUAUAUUUAAGAAACACCAUAGCGUGCUUGGUGCUCAACAUUAAACAUGGUUUUUUGGAGUUCUUCUCCACCAUCUAGCUAUAGAAAUUUGUCAUAUAAAUGAAUCUUUAAAGCAGUUGGCUUUAUAUAUCUUUUGUUAACCAACCAAAACAAAAACAAAAAAAAGAAGGAAAGAAGGAAGGAAGGAAGGAAGAAUGGAAGGAAGGAAGGAAGAAAGGAGGGAAGGAAGGAAAGGAGAAGGGGAAGGGAAGAAAAGGAAGGAAGGAAGAAAGGAAGAUAAUGUGUUCCAUCAGUAUUCUGGUAGAAAGAAUUUCAAACCAUGCUUCUCUGGUUAAAUAUACUGAUUAGCAUUAAAAUUUGUUUUGAAAGUAUCUGGUGAUUUUGCAUUUACCAGCAUCUCUAUCCUCUAGUUUUAGCAAGUGUUUCCUUUUUCACCUACAGACCCUGGUAGUUCAGCCAGGUGGAUAGUUGCCCAUAAGUCUGUUGUUUGGGGCUCUGUCUGUAUCCCAUGUGACCAGCUUCUAACCAUUUUGAACUUUAGUUUCCCUUUUCUGCUAUGUCAAAUAUUUUGAUUUUCCAUAAUCAUCCUGAGUCCCUAUCCAACAACCUUUACAACUGAUACAGCCUCACUUUCUGUUAGAGAACUUAGUGUUAAUUAAUGCAGUCUCACUAAAAUGUGCUUUUGCUGUUCUUCCCCAUUUUCACCAAAGUGAAUGAGCCAGUCCACUAAAAAUCAGGGCCUAUGGGAUACACAGUGUCCUGGGUCACAAGGCAUUACUGUCUUUAAUGAUUUGCUGGGAACAAACGAAUCAGCCAUAUUUUCUCCAUCAGCCAUAUGAGAAAUCUCAGAAAUACCUGGAUCCCUUCUGCCUCACUUCACUAUGGAACCAUUUUUGUUUAAAUGGUCUUUUAAAUUGGAGUUGUAAGCAUCAGUUGUCUUUUAUUCACUACCUAAUAAAGGAUGAAGCCUAACCACAGAA